ACUUAUCUACAGACAUCCAAAUGUUUUAAUCCGAAACAUAGCACAUACUCUGCAUAUUUUGGCGUUCACACUGAAAUGGGGAACAAAAUGCACCUUCCGUUCCCCAAUCGUGGUAAACAACUUCAUAAAGUGCUGACGCCCGACCAGAUUCAGCUUGUGCAAGGAUCCUGGGCUCUGAUUAAAGACGACCUGGAAAAACUGGGCCUCAUUGUAUUUUAUAGGUUGUUCGAGACGGAGCCUCAGAUGAAAACUAUGUUCCCCAAGAUCGUCCAGAUCAACCACGAAAAUAAACUGGAGACGAACAUAGACAGAGAGAUGUUGGCAAGGCACGCGGUCACCGUCAUGGAGGGACUGGGUGCCGCCGUGGAGAGUCUCGAUGAUUCCAGGUUUCUAAACGGCGUCCUUGUGUCUAUUGGGCAAACGCACGUGCAUAGGCAGGUUAAACCGCAUAUGCUAAAAAAAUUAUGGCCUUCACUCAGUUACGGGUUACAGCAAGUGCUCAGUGGGAACUACACCAAGUCCGUGGCAGAGGCAUGGAAGCGUGUGUAUGACUAUAUUUGCGUGUAUAUGAAACAUGGGAUGGAAAAUCCGGACAUCGAUCCUGAUAGUAAUAUCGACCUAAGAAGAUAAAUUUCACUUCAUGUUUCUCAAUUUACUUAUUUUCAUCAUUAUUAUCGGCUGUGUAUUUAUUUUGACGAAACCUAUGCGGUUAAAAUAUUUUUCUCAAUCAAUUUACGUUUAAUAUUGUUCAUUUUAUUGCAAAACGGUUAAAUGUUAAAACGGUGCCCACGUUGCUGGAUUCAAAACCGUUAUAAUGAAAACAAUUUCACAUUUAAUACUGGAGAAUGUUUUAGCUGAUAAUUAUGUGAUAAUUGCUGGUGUGAUAAAUAUCAUAUAUGGACCGUGCUCUUUGAAAAGGGAGUUAAAUGCACGUGCGGUUAAUGUCGUCCCUUAUUUUUCUGCGCAGUCCGCAUAGGCUAAUAAGGUCCGACACUUUCUGCCUAAACUGGAUCUUUGCUAACAAGAGACUAUCGUUAAACGAAACAAUACAAUAAAAGCGGAAAGUAUCGUCCCUGAUUAACCUGUGUGGACUGCACUAGCUAAUCUGGGACGGAAUCUUACGCACAUGCAUUUACCCCCUUUUCACAUAGCACGGCCAUUUGACUCUGUUUUGUUUUCGGUACUAACACUAUUUAGAGUCUUUCACUUAUGUGGAUCGUUGCACAGUUUAACGAAUAGACUCUGCAAAUUAUUCAGCAAUUAUAUAAAUUAUGCGACUCAAGGUUCCACGAACAGUUCACAUGUGGUUAGCGUGUGGCUAUGAUAUUAAUUAGGGAAAA